AUGGACUUCUCCCACCAGUAUUACGCCAACGCGCAGUCCUAUCCCUUCAUCGGCAUCCCGCCCUUGACACCGUCACAUUCCAACUCGGCCGCUUCGGACGAUUUCAACACCACAUCCCCACCUGAUGCCUACCCAGAGUUCCCACCCGACCAGCAGCACCAGCAGCACCAGCAGCACCAGCACCAGCACCAGCAUCAACAGCCGCAACAGCAGCCACAGUUCGGCGGCUUCGACCACUACCAGGCACAGUUCCUCCACCAGCAGGCCCAGGCCGCCAACCCCGCCGCCCAGGUCCCCUUCCCGGGCCCUCCGACGCCGCCGAACAACCCGACCGUGAGACAGCAGCAGCAUCGACAGGAACCGCCGUCGCAGGCGGGCGCCGGCCAUGGCGUCCACGCGCAGCCCAUCCAGCCGCACCCCGACGCCGCCGCUGCUGCUGCUGCCGCCGCCGCCGCCGCGCAGAAGCAGGAGGCCCUCGACGACCACAACCGCCGCGGCGGCUCCAACUCGGACGACGAUGACAUGACGCCGGCCCAGUCGCGCAGAAAGGCCCAGAACCGCGCCGCUCAACGAGCCUUCCGCGAACGCAAGGAGCGUCACGUCAAGGAUCUCGAGGCCAAGCUGGCGAAUCUCGAGGCCGAGGCCCAGCAGACGACAUCGGAGAACGAGCGCCUCAAGCGCGAGAUGCAAAAGAUUGCCACGGAGAACGAGAUUCUGCGCGCCACCUCGAGCCUGAACAAUGGGCUGCCCCACGGCUCGCUCUCGCCCGAGCCCCGCACGACAGGGCCCCUCGAGUACAACCCGACCGACUUUUACUCUGACCUGCUGGCCAAGCACAACAACAAGACGCCGAGCCACCGUGUGGCGAUUGCCGAGGACGGACAGAGGCUCCUCGCCGCCGGGGCGACGUGGGACCUCAUCAUCAACCACGAGCUGUUCAAGCGCGGGCUCGUCGACGUCGGCGACGUCAGCGAGAGGCUGAAGAACCACGCCAAGUGCGACGGCCAAGGCCCCGUGUUUGCCGAGCGCACCAUCUUGACAGCCAUUGAGGCCAGCGUCGCCAGCGGCAGCGAUGAGCUGCUCUGA